ACAAUGAAUAAUUCCGUGAAAUAACUCUCUCUUCCGGACCCAAGGAUUUCAAGUGAUAAUCACAGUCCAGCUUCUCCUCUCCUUGAGUGAAGAUGUGUCGGGGAGUGUGUGUGCCGGUGGCACUGCUGACUCUACUGGUUCUGACACUGGUGGUGCCCAUGGGCCAGACCUGCCCCAGAAGCUGUAACUGCUACCAGGCCAGCGAAGUCCACUGUACCUUUCGUUCCCUGCUCACCAUACCUCCUGGCCUGCCUGCACACACACGGCGCAUCAAUUUAGGGUUCAACAGCAUCAGCAGGAUCCAUGACAGUUCUUUGGCUGGGCUGAAGAGGGUGGAGCUUCUGAUGCUCCACAGCAAUGACCUCCACCAUCUCCCAGAUUCAGUGUUCAGAGAUAUGAAAUCGCUACAGAUACUAAAGCUGAGCUAUAACAAGCUGAGAGAGAUCUCUUCAUCUCUGACCUUCUCUGGCCUGACCUCACUGCUGCGUCUGUACUUGGAUCACAACCUCCUCCAGCACAUCCACCCCCGGGCCCUGCUUCAGCUGCCUAACCUCAGGCUGCUGUGUCUGCAAGGGAACAGGCUACAUCAGCUACACCCUCACACUCUGUGCACACUGUCCCUCCUGAAUACAUAUUACUUCUCUACACUCAGACACCUAGACAUGUCCAACAACAGUCUAACCACUCUGCCUAGAGAGACCUUAGCAACAGCACCUCUGCUGGAGACUCUUGUGCUGCAGGCUAAUCCAUGGAGUUGCGACUGUAGGAUGAACUGGCUUCUCACUUGGAGUCUGGCUCAUCCAGGCAUAAUGAAAUGUCCCAGGGGCCCUCAGUGUCCAAUCUGUGCUUCGCCCAAAUCCCUUCAAGGGCAGGGCUUGCUUGAGCAGACUGACCUAUCAUGCACCUCACCAGUCAUCCCCUCCCCAGGAAGAGACACACCUUUGGAGACAGAACUCAGUGAAAUCCAAUCAAGUGAAUCCUUCAGAGAGCCUUUAGGCACGGCUUCUCUGGGUCUGUCUGACCAACAGGGGAACAGUGUUGAUCUGAGUUGCAACAUCACUCAUUCUGAGUCCCCGGAUAUUGCUCCUCCUGAUCUCUCCCUUUCCUCUUCUUCUCCUCUCCCCCUUGCUCUGUCGCUCUCCUUGGAUUGCCCUGUGGAGCAACAGAGCUAUGAGAAACUUUGGAGGAUCCUAGCUUACUACAGUGAGACUGCGGUUCGCCUGGAGAGGGAGAUCAUGCUGAGUAAAACCCCGGCAUUGGCCUACCGUUUCAGGCAGGCAUCAGAGACAGACGGAUAUUAUCACACGGGAGUCAAGGCUUCCGUUAAAGCCAGACCACAAUGGCUGCUGCAGCCAGCCGUUAGCAUUCAACUAAACAGAGCGCAGUCUAACGGACACAAAGUUCAACUUAUAUACUCAACAAGAGUUUCUGCUCAUCCUGACCCUACUUCUCAUCCCUCAAUAUCCUCCCCUGCAUCUCACCCAUGGGUACUGAUUUCAACUAAUCAUACCAACACAGCACUGGCCGCUGUUGCCGGAAGUAAGGUGGAGCUAGCAUGCCCUCUUCUAAGUUCUGGUAACCCCAAAGUACAUUGGAUUCUCCCAGAUGGGUCCAAGCUCAACACCCCCUCCAGCAGCCUAGAUAGUAGGCUUUCAGCCUCAACCUCUGGUUUACAUCUGCACGAAGUGCAACUCUCAGAUGCCGGGAUCUACUAUUGCAUAGCCCGGUCAGGCAGGGAUGUAGAUGUUCUUUCUCUUCGCCUGGCAGUGGCGGAGUCCUCUGUUCCGCCUUCAGGAGAGCAAGUGGGGCCCCGUGUCACCGGAACAGUUGGGGAGCUUGUCCGUCUGUUCUGCAACGCAUCUGGUUCACCAGCGCCUCAUAUGAGUUGGGUGUUACCAGAUGGAAACAUAGUACGGCGGGGAUUAGCUGUAUCAGGUGGGCUCACUAUACAAUCAAAUGGGAGUCUCUCUCUGCCUAAACCUUCUCAGAGAGAUGCUGGUCAUUACCGCUGCAUUGCAGUCAACCAGUAUGGUAGUGACUCUCUGUCCAUGCAGCUGGAAUUAAGCUCACGAUAUCCCCCUCCACUUAGGACUUCAUUUCCUCGAGGGCCACAGUCAGCCGCUGGCCGAUCAACCAAGAUACGGGCCCCAUUACUACGUCAACUGGAGGAAGGAUCGGGGGAUGAAGAGGAACAAGAAGAGAGAUCUCUUAUUUUCAAUAGAAAUCGUCCAAGACUUCUCCAACCUCCUCCAAACAGACGUUAUCCAAUUGGAAAACCUCGAAAACAGGGGCCUAUGAGAGAAGGCCCCCUGAGAAGAGGAGAAGGGCCUGUAUCAUCCACUGACCAGAGAAGAAAUAUCUUUCAGAACAGACAUAGAGUUAGAACAAACAAACAAAAGAUAGACCCUCAGAAAUGGGCUGACCUCCUGGCUAAGAUACGACAAAAGACUGCCCAAACUAAUAACAGCCAGCCUGUCACAGCAGGAAUGACCACAGCUGAACCGGUGGGAAGAGACAAAGGCGGAGACGCAAGAAGAUAUGAAGAUGAUGAUACAGAGAGAGGUAGAGCUGCGGAAGCAGGGGUGGAAGCAGAAAUUGAAGGGUCAGCUGUUGAUGAAGCUGAUCUGCAAGAGGAAGGCCUACAGCCAUUUCACCCUGUUCUCACAGAAAUGGAAACACACACAAAGACAAAAACAAACACUAAAACAGACACAGAGAUAAAGACUGGGACGGAGAGGUCAACAGAAACACAGACAGAUGUAGAGAACGAGACAGAGACACACAUACAGACAGAGAAAGCAGGCCCACUGACAGACACAGUGACAAACCCAGAGACACAGAAAGAAUCAGUGACAUUUCCACCAAUCUCAGGAACAAAUGAAAUUGUCCCAGAACCAAGUGAAGGAGAUGAGCAGGAUGCAAACCCCAAUACUUCUAGAACCAGGCCUCAGAGCCCCCGACUCUUUCCUAAUUUGGUUCCAAACUCCCGGCCUCAAAACCCUUGGAACUCUCGCAGGAGGAUUGGACAGCGUAGACGAAUCAUCAACAGGCCCAGGGGGAGACCUUUGACCCCACCCCGACCUCUCCCUGACACUUCGAACCCAAGAUCACAGACUGCGACACCUGACACUACCACAGAUGAAAUUAAUAUGUUCUUGCUGGCAUCAACAACCACAUCUCCAGCUUUUUUGUUGACACAGAGUGGCCAUAUUAGGACUGCUCCAAACAGUGCAGCACUGAAUCCUCUGUUUCCCCUUGUUUCUAACACUCCUGGUGUCUCCAUUUCAAAAUCUGCCUCCCACUCAAUGACUCCUUCUUCCUCCUCUCGCAUCUUGUUAUCCCCCACUCACAUAAAUACACAUAUAGACAUGAUGACUCACUCAGCAAACAUACCAGACAAUGCAGAGUCCACUCUCUUCAACACACCGACACCAGCACCCACUCACUCGGAUGCUGCGAUUGCACAGACACAUGUGCAAGACACACAUGCCAGGACCCAUACACACAGCAUACAGACACACACAAAAACACACACAGCCUCAGGCAAACAUGUUGAUACACCCCCAAGCAAACACAGUGAAGAGCCAGAGAGGAAUUUGUUAGGUGGACCAUAUGUGUCCCACUCCUCCACCUCUCUCUCACUUACUCCCUCCUUCUUUGCUUCCUCCACAUUCCCCAGUGCAACUGCCACUACUACUGCAAAAGUUACUCCUUCAACUACUGUCAAGCGCACUCAUUCUACCAGCACUACACGUACAUCUACCACUACAGCUAGUAAGGAGACACUUCCCAUAACAACUACAAUUACACCUAUGACUACAAAUCCCAUCACUGUAACUACCAGUAUUAUUCCAACAUCUAGCACUGCCAGAAGCACUACAACUGCCCCUACCUCUACCACUACUACCACAACUUCUAUUCUUACAUCUACUACUCCCACUACUACUUCUUCAAGUACCUCUUCUACCACUGCUUUUACCACUACUUCCAGUGCUACUACUACAACAAUCUCAUUCAAAGCCUUUCCCACAACUCCUAUCCCCAUCAUUCCUACAACUACUACUACUGUGACAAUUAUCCCCAUUACUCCUACUGCUACUACUGCAACAACUACUAAAACUACCCAUCCUACUACUACUAGAAUUACCAUCUCAGCCAAAACUUCUCCAACCACUACAAGGGCAGCUACACCAAGUACACCUUCUACUACUACCUCAACAAUGACAUCAACAAGUACCACAGCAUCAUCCAAAGAGAGGCCAAGCAUUGGCCGAGUUGACCCGAGGCGGAGGCCUGUUUCUGGGGAUUCAAACCAGACUCGACGCCCUACUGACUGGAGGAACCCUGGAGCUAAUUCUAUUCCUGAUUCCCAUAACAGCAGGCCACACUUGCACCACUCCGCUUCACUUCCUGCUGCCCCUGGGGCCACAGUGAGAUCUAGACCAAGGAUCGCAGACCCACACAUCAGGACAGUGUCAUUCCCAGCAGAGAGUACUGCCAGGCUGGCUUGUGAAGCACAAGGCGAGCCCAAGCCCUUCAUCACAUGGACCAAGGUUGCCACAGGAGCGGUGAUGUCAAUCCACUCCAGAGCUCAACGUUUUGAGAUCUUGCCAAAUGGCACCCUUGUUAUCCAGAAUGUUCAGCUGCAGGACAGGGGCACAUACAUCUGCAGUGCACACAGCUUUCUGGGUCGUGACAGAUUGCUAACCACCCUGGAAGUGUGGACCCGCCCCCCUCGGAUGCAGCUGGCCAGCUACAGAGAAAAUACCAUUCAUCAGGGUGGAGAGGUGCACUUGGAUUGCCAGGCGGAUGGUGUUCCCACCCCUUUGCUCUCUUGGGCCCUACCUGAUCGCUCUGUCCUGACCUCCACUGCACCCUCCAUCAAUCGCAUCACUAUGGACACAAAUGGAACCCUCCAUAUCUCAGCAACUUUACCUAGUGACAGAGGAGUGUAUCGCUGUGUGGCCUCCAACUCAGCAGGUGCUGCCAGUGCCUCUGUACGUCUACACGUGUCCAUGUUGCCGCCAGUGAUACUGCAACCCAGGGAUGAACACCUGCUCUUGUCUCCAGGGAGGCCAGUUUACGCUCACUGCUCUGCCCGAGGUGCCCCACCACCAACUCUGCGCUGGCGAAUCCCUGAUGGAACUCUAGUUCGGCCAUCCCAGUUUCUCCAUGGCAACCUUUUUGUCUUGCCCAAUGGGACACUGCAUGUUCGAAGUGUUGGGCCUAAGGACUCAGGGAAUUAUGAGUGCACAGCAAGUAAUGCUGUUGGAGCCGAUAAGAGAACAGUGAGGGUAGAAAUUGAAGGGGGAGCAGAAGGAGAAAGAACACAGGGUGGGGUAAGAAAUGAAGGGGCAAAAGCAGCUGCUACUGAAAAACCAUCUCCUUCAUCUUCACUCCAUAAAGACAGAAGUGUGUCCAUCCCAAGCAACCCCUCAAAUCCAUUAAACUUCUCUAGACCCCACCCCCCAUCGCCCCUAGAUAGAUCAAGGACCUUGCUGCUCACCCCAAACUCUUCUCGCUCAUCUUCUUACCCUCACCAACCCCAUUCAGUUAACUCCUCUCCUAAAAUCAACAAAACAGUCACUGUCUCCCCCACACACUUGACGAAAAUCACCAAAACAAAACCCUCCCCUCUCUCCCCAACCUCGCCAGUGCCUACAAAUAACACCAAAGUCUCACGCAUUGUAAACAACACAAGAAUUACUUCUUCUAACCCCUCUGACAAAGGCAGAGCCUCAGCUGUUUUGCAACCCAUGCCUGUCUCUCCCUACAGUAAAGCCCGAAUUGUCUCUAUGUCACCGUCUAUCACUACUGUCCACUAUGGGGAAAUUUUGCAGCUCCAUUGCUCUGUAACUGGCAACCCAUCACCCAUCAUCAUUUGGAGGACCCCGAGCAAGAAACUGGUGGACAUGCACUUCAGUUUUGACCGACGUCUAAAGGUGCAUCCUAACGGCACUCUGUCAGUCCAGGCAGUAACAGAGAAGGAUUCUGGAGACUACCUGUGUAUCGCACGCAACAAAUUCGCAGAUGAUUACCGCCUCCUGCGUGUCUCUGUGGCUACCAAGCCUGCCAAGAUCGAACCCAAACAGCCAGUCAAUCAGAUGGUGAUGUUUGGCAAACCACUGAAGGUGGACUGCCAGGCAUCAGGACUGCCUGACCCAGCUGUCCGUUGGAGCUUACCAGAUGGAACCAUGGUGAACAGUGUGUUACAGGGAGAAGUCAGAGGAGGGCGAGCACGGAGGCUUACUGUGUUUGACAAUGGGACGUUACUGGUUCCAGCAGUGGGUAUGGGACAGGAGGGAGUGUAUACUUGUUAUGCUGAGAAUCAAGGAGGACAAGACACCAUGAAGGUCAAAGUGAAGGUCAUGAUGACAUCUCCACCAACCUUCAUCGAUGAUAGAAGCUACCACAUCAUCAAAGUACGUCAGGGGGCAACCGCCAAAAUUCGCUGCCAGGCCACAGGAGAUCCUGCUCCAACAGUGAUAUGGUUUUCUCCGACACACAAUGCCAUUCCACAAAGUUUGGGAUCUGGUUUUUAUCCUGAGCGAGUUGUCAUGAUUUCAGAUGGAACUCUGGAGGUGCGUCUGGUUCAAAAGAUUGACACAGGAAACUAUACAUGCAGAGCAAGCAACUCAGCCGGGGAGAGGAGCAUGGUGGUGGGCCUGGAGGUGGAGACUCCUAACCAUGGACUCAGUGGCCAGGUGGGAGGAAGUGCUUGGAGUACUAACAAUGGGCCUGACAGUGGUCAUAGCAGCAUCACAAGUAGGCUUGGCAGCAAUAACGGAAACAAUAAUGGCUACAGUGAUAAUAAUGGCAGGAUAAGAAACAUUGUACCAAACACAGGCGUUAACACAGCAACCAGUGGCUUUAAUCCUGCCCUUAGGAGUGAUAGUCAAAAUGGAUUUAACAGGCCUGUCAGUGGAAUUGCAACACAGCAUGGUAGCAGUGUAAUCGGUGUCGGGGGGAGCGUGGCUACAAAUAUAGGCCUUAGAGCAGAUAACACUGGAAUAAACAGAAAUGUAUCUGGCAUUAUGAGUAGUAGUAAUAGUGUGGGUAACAGUCACAGCACAGUUAGAGGAGAUAAUGUAGAAAGGAAUCCAGGGACUAAUAAUAAUGAAGUCAUCGCAGGAAAAGCUCGUAAUGGUGCCAACACCAGUAGAGACAAUGGCGGGAUAAGUGGUGCUACUAGAAAUGCUGGAGUUUUUAGCAGAACUGUGUCAAAUAAUGAAGCUGCUACUGGCACGCUCAGAGAAAAUGGGUUCAGUAGGACUAGCAAUAUAGGAGUGACCAAUGAUAACAGCAGGAUUAGUGGUGGUUCAAGUAGUAGAGGUAGAACAGUUAAUAAUACAGGUACUAACACAUUUGUGGGUGUGGUAACGACUGUGAAGCAGCAGGCCGUGAAAGGCCAAACUGUUCUUUUGCCAUGCCCCUCCCAAGGCUCCCCUCCCCCUCGUCUGACCUGGGUCCUGCCUGGGAACGGUGUGUUUCCAGCUCCAUACUACGGCAGUCGACUCACUGUGCACCGAAAUGGCUCCUUGGAGCUGCGAGGUGUGCGGGCGAGUGAUGGCGGGACCUUGGUAUGUGUGGUUAGAGGUGAGAGAGGUGAGACGAGGAUACAGGUGAAGCUGGAGGUCUUUGAGCCACAGGAGGAGUCCAGAUCACCACACUGGGGACCGGCUGUGGGAAGAUCUGUGCAAGGAAGUGCUGGCUUAAUUGAGACGCCCCGCUCAGGAGCCGCAUUGGAUUCAGCUCAAUCCUUAAGCUCAAGGCCAGUCCCGUCUCUACCUGCUGCACCUCGUCCAGUUGGCCCUCCAUCCCACUUAACAAGCCCUGUCUCAGAUCCAACAGUGAGCACCAGAACAGCUCCUCUGGUAAGCAUCAUUAAUGGAGAGACCCUUAGCCUGCCUUGCCCUGGUUCUCAAAUCCAUGGAUACACCCAGGGCUCGCUUUCAUGGACCAUGCCCAAUGGCAAGGUACUGUCUCGGGGUGAGAGCGGUGACUCAGGCCGACACCUAGUCCAAGAGGAUGGAACACUAACAGUGCAACAGGCAUCUGUGUUUGACCGCGGCACUUACACUUGCAGAUCCACUGAUCACAACUCCUCCACAGUUUCACUCGUCACGGUUCCUGUUAUCGUCAUUGCCUAUCCCCCGCGCAUAACAACCGGCCCCUCCCCAGUGACCUACACACACCCUGGGGUUGCUGUGGAGCUGCCGUGCCUGACCAUAGCAACACCCCGGGCGACGCUUACCUGGGAAACACCAGACCUGACACAGCUGAGAGUGAUGGGUCAGGCUCGUAUGUAUGGCAACCUCUACCUUAGUCCUCAGGGUUCCUUGGUGAUACAGAACCCGACAGGCAGGGAUACAGGAUUUUACAGAUGCACCGCCAAAAAUGUAAUAGGAGUGGACACCAAGUCAACCUACCUGCAUGUUAUAUAAUGGAGUGAAGAAAACACACAAACAUGCAGCAGAAAGACAAAGACUCCACCAGUUAUCUGUACUUGCAAAUUAACUCCUCUGCUGUUAACACUGAGUGUCCCACAUGCCCAAAGGAACUGCACAGCUCCAUGCAGGAGAUACUGUUGAAUCUCAGAAAAGACACUACUAAUACACAGUUAUAUGUCUCAUGUAUGUAUUUUUAAUGUAGGACUUUUUUUUUAAAUACUGUAAUGUUUUUAUAUCAGGAGUUGCGAGAUUCUCUGUUGAUACAGUGUCAUGCUUUUUUCUCUGCAUACACCAAUUCUUUGUGUUUAAGGAGGGUUGUUUUAUGUACCCUUAACCUGUUGUGCCUUGUCUCAUCAGCCUAAAACCCAUUUUGAAAUGAUGACAGAGGAAGUAAAAUACAAUGCACAUAAAAUGAACAUACUUACAGUAAGAUUGCUGCCCAAACGUAAAUGCCCAGAUCUGUAUUAAUUAUAAAACAUGAUUUCACACAUAAUAUAAUUUUAAACUGAAGAACUGCAAUCCCCUACCCCACAUUUUGGUAAUACUGAAAGACAAGCACUCUUUACAUGGCUUGAUUGCUUUAGUUCUUACUUUAUUACUUUAUGCAUUUAUCCACUAACACUACAGUUUAACCAUAUUUUACUGACUGGAUCACCGAAUAUUUUAGACAGACAAAACACAGCAUCACACAGAUGUUGAUGAUGACAGAGGGCUUCAGCAUUAUGAUCCACCAAAACAAACCUUGUCAAAUUUUGUUCUGCCACCAUCGACUGUAUCUCACAAUCUCACAGCAUUACAUGGACAGAAUGAGAUAUGGUACAAAGCAUUCAUAUAAGCACAAUAGCCGAUUAUUUUGAUAUUAAUAUUGUAUAAAUGUUCAUGUGGCUCAAGAGCCUACCCUAAGCUCGUGCACAAAGCCAGCAGCUCAUAGUUAUCAUGUGUCCUGUCUUCUUCGAUGUUUUCAUUUUGUCCUUAAAUUAUUUGUUGUGUAAAGACUCUGUUGUAAGACACCAGUGUUUUGUCAUAAAGGGAGAAAUUAUUAAAUAUUAUUAUAUAUGUUUGAUGUCUCACUAGUCACGAUGAAUGCUUACUAUAUUUUUAACUGUUCCAUUUUAUAAAUAAAGUUUGAAAAGUAGUGAAAGUGUUUACUCCAUGAAAUGUCAACAACUGAAGCACAAUUUUUUUCAGAAAUAUGGUACAGGCACAGAGUGUGUGCUGAGAGUCAGAGUGAGAAAAGAAAACACCUGGUGGGAGUGCAAAAGAGAUGAGGGAAACUUUUCCUUGAGUAUAUUAUGAGAACAGAAACUCUUUAUCCCCAGCUCAGCUGUCAAACCAGGAAAUUGGGUCUUAACUGUAGAUGAGAGACAUGUUGAUGACAUCAUAUUGCUCUCCGUGGGAAAUGCAAUAAAACUAACAGCAGCCCGCAGAGCAACUCCAUGCACCACCCUGGGCUCACACCUGCCAAGUGCUGUUGACAGCAUGUAUUCUGAAUCCAAUAAAUACUAAUACUUUAAAUUAUACAUUUUAUGUAUGAGCAGAGCACUGCGAUGGUGCACCAUUUUAUCCACUAGUGUGAAAGAAAGUAAAUGAUACAAAGUGUGCAACAACAGAUGUCAAAAAAAAAAAUACUGCAUCAAGGAUUUUUUACUGAGUGUUUUUGUUUCCUAAGCAGUCAGCAGUGCUGUCACACCAUGCAAACUGUAAACCAUAAUUUUUGGACUGUUUUCACUGGUUUCCCAGCUGUGAACCGCAUCUACAUUUCUGUUUUGCAUCACACAGUGAGCAAUGGUGUCAAUCACCAGCAAACUCAAGAAAUUUUUGCCUGCAUGUUUGUUAUUUUGAUGUGUGAACAUACAGCACUGCACAUUCAGUUAGAAUUAGAGUGCAAACAUGCAACUAGGACACAGGCCAAGACUAUCCUCAGCCCUUGAGGCUAACUAAGGCCAGUCACUUGGCUAAUUUAGCAUUUUCAAAAUGAAUAUAAUCUGUCUAAACCUGUUGAUGUCAUGAGCCAAACCUUUUAGAAAAUGAGAGUUGCUGAAUUAAUGAAAACAAAAACACACAAACAACAACUUCAAGCAUUGCAGGGCUGAAUCUUAUUGAUGUGAAGAUGUUCACAGAUCAAAGGCAGUCCUAAUUAAAAUCAUUGCCAUGCAUCACUCAGUAAGGCAGUUUAGUUUGGUUUGAGUAUCUAGUGGGAAAUACAGUUCAGAAGAGCAAUAGAGUUCUGUUAUGUGCUCAACUUUUGUUGAAGCCAGUUGUUUUCUGUGAAGACGUUUUAUGUUUUGAAUUAUCUCUUUUAUAGUGUUGAAGCAUUUCCAUCCAUUGUAGCACAGCAAUUUUAUGGUUUCAUGUUUGUGAUUUCUUUUAAGCAAUACAUUAUUGCUAAUCCCUCUUUUUUGUGCAAUUGCAAAUUUACAAGCAUACCUAAUAAAGUGCAUCACAUAGACAUUUUA